AUGAACCUCUUCAUACUGCUCGCUUGUACCAUAGCGACGACCACAGCCACCAAUACAACGGAGACUACAACCAGUCCUCCGAGUAAUACCACCAAAGAAAUCCUCAAGGCCAGUGAAACGGCGGACCCGACCAAAGCUGAAAUUGUAAAACAAAUUCGUCGCCUAAACGAAGAUGGAUCGUAUACGAUUGGAUAUGAAGCUAAUGAUGGAACAUUCAAAAUUGAAAGCAGAGAUGUUUUGGGUAACGUAAAAGGAACCUUUGGAUAUGUGUCAGAUGAUGGAGAAAUAAAACGUGUUACUUACAGUUCGUCCGCUGAUAGCACACCGGCUACUGUAACGACUAGUACCACGCCGACCACGCCCACCAUGGUCGUGAGAGUUAACAAAACUAUAUCCUCGACGACCAGAAGACCGUUAGCCACUGUAGUAUAUCCGACCAGGAGCAGCACUACCACUAGAGGCACGGUUAUACAACCCAUCCCGAGACGACGACCCGUGUCGAGCUCCGUGCGUCCUCAAACUAGUGACACAACCACGGAAACUCAGAAACAAAUCACUGCAAGUAGCUCGAACAUUCAUAGAAGAGAAGACCUCCUGAAAUCACGAACUCAAUCAGCGAAAACUGCACCUGUCACCUCCAAAGAUGAUUUAGUUACUAAACAGACUACUACUACCCCGUCUCAAACUCUGAAACCUGUUUACGAGCACACGACGGAAAGAGAGAUGGAUAUAAAUAAAUCAACAGCUACAAGACGUGAACUAUCAGGAGCGAGCGCCAAUCAUCACAUGCUGAACCUUCAACAAUCAAUGGGGGAUGACUCAACUGAUGUGUAUGGGAGUCAUCUAUCACAUGGAACUCUCAGGCCUUUAUUUACUACAACCACGAUUCGUCCUAAAUUAGUUUCCCUUCAUUCAAUACUCGCGGCAAGACAACAACAACAGCAACAGCAACAGCAACAUCAAAUUCAUCAACAAUAUGACGAUGAACAAGAAGAGGAACAGGAGUCGACAUUGGAAGCCACGACUGGACGUACUUAUGAGCCAGAUGAAAGUGUUACCUCAAAUCCUAUACCAGUCGUGCAUAUAUCAGCACAGAGAGGUUCCGAUAAAAUAUUCUAUCAGCCCCAGUACCGUCGACCUGCUGCUGUUCUUUUCAGGACUCAGGAAUAUUUAAGAGACAACCCUGGUGCCCCUAUUCCCAUUGGCAAUCAGCGGCCAUUUCUUAACUAUGAAUACCAAGAUAAAAUAUUGGACUCCCAGUACGUAAAGGAAUCACAGCAAGUCAAGAACAAUCAAGAAGCUGAGUCUGGUCCUUAUGAAUACAGACAUAAUGAUUACAGACCAGUCCCAAGAGUUAUUCACGUGCCAGUGGAUGAUAGAGGCGUUCCAAUUCAGGGGUACGAAGCGAGAUAUGUAAACCCAUAUCGACCACAGCCUUUAUUUCAAAGAUACGAUCCUGUAAACGAAAUGCAUUCCAUUUCAGCGCCGGUGAGCACCAGAGAUUUCAAACGCUUGCUCCAUAUUUUGAUACUAAGACAGAACCGUCUUCAAGCUCUCAUGGAGCAGAUCAUGCCGGAGGCCUACCAGCCGGCUCAUUACCGCUCUGAGCCGUAUCACACACAACCACGGCACUAUACCCGCCACCAAGACGACGAGCAGUAUGACUACAGAUAUCAACCGCAGUACAGACAAGAUUUUUAUUCAUCACAAGUAUCAAAUUACGAUGAUCGUGAUUACGAGUCCCAUAGAUAUUUGCCUCGAAGGAGAUUAUACUCCAGACCCUAUGACGCGCAGGGUUCAGCCUCGGAACAUAUAGAACAGACUCCAGAGUAUCUCCCGGUUGAGGUGAGGGAAGCCCUCUUGUUAAAAAUGCUAUUAUUGGCUAUCAGUCCAGAUUUCAUGCCGACACCAGCGCCCGCUACCGAGCUGACCACUGCAGCACCCACACGGAAACAGGUGAGAAACGUUCAGAUACUUGGAGAAGAAGGUUCCGACAAAAAACAAAAGCAGGGACACUAG